CCAUGCAACAGUAAAAUGGCAGCCUCCAUGUUGAAAAACAUGAUUGUGGGCCAAAAUAAUAUUUUUCGAGUAAUAGGUUAUAGUUUUCCUCAUAAAAAAGUAUGCUUGAACCAUUACCGAUGCUGCACCAGUAUUGUGCAUGGUAAUGAUAAUGUUAGAACAGAACAGGACGUCAAACCACGUAGGCCUAGAGUUUGCAGGACAACUGUGUCAAGCCCAGCACAUCAAACAAAAGACCAAAUAGGGCAGUUUUAUACUGUUCCAGAACCAAUAGCAAAAAAAGUAUUUACAAGAGGUUGGCUUAACCCUAAGUUAUUGCAAUUGUUUGACACCUUUAAUGAAACCAGCAUAAUGGUGAGAAAACCAGCCCUAGAGAUAAUUGACUUGAUGAAAAGUGCAAAUUAUAAAGAUCCUGUUAUCAAAUAUGUAAUAUAUGGUCCCCAAGGAACAGGCAAAAGUACAACCCUGGCUCAUGUUGCACAUUAUGCCCUAGAGGAAGACUUCAUGAUUAUUCAUGUACCAUGGCCUAAACACAUUUAUCAGUUUCCUGCAACUUACCAAGAAUCAACUUAUAAGGAAGACCGUCAUGACACAUUGGUUGAGUCAUUGAAGUGGAUGAAUUCAUUCAGGAAAUUGAAUCAACAUCAUUUAGAAAAGUUGAAAACGACAAAGAAAUGUGUUUGGACAAAAAAGGAUUCAUCUUUAGAAGGAACUCCUAUCACAGAUCUGAUAGAAAUGGGGUUAGAUAGAGAGAAGCACAUCCCAGAUAUAGUUGGCAUGAUUAUCAGAGAAGUGAAAAAGCAAGCAGCAGAUUUAGGGUUAAAGGUUCUGGUGGUUGUUGAUGGUGUGAAUUCCUUAUUUCAAGAGACUACUGUAAAAGUUGCACCAGGAGAGUUUAGACCAAGUUCCCAAAUUGGGCUUGUGCAACAUUUCAUGAAGUUAUUGCAAAAUGAUUGGGCUGGUGGUGCUGUGCUACUCACGGUGGACAGAAAUGCCAGCAAGGAUGACAAGAGGGAAUCAGACUUACCUAAAUAUCUAUUGGGAAAAGAGGGUUUUGCAGUAUUGGAUCCAUUCAUACCAUUUCAAACAGAAUUAUACUCUGAAGAGGAAUUUCACAGUUGUAUAGAAUAUUUUAAGGAACGCCGUUGGCUGCAAGGAGAAAAGGGUCAAACACAAAGAGGAAUACAGCAAAUAAGAUUUCUAAGUGGUAGAAAUCCAUACUUUGUAGAAAGAGCAUGCUCUGCUUGGUGAGACUGACAAUUUCCACUUCUGAA